AUGCCCGACAAAAACAUUACGACCAUUUCCUAUGCCGCCGGCGCAUCCCUAGCCGCCAUUGCCCUCGUCUACGUCUUUGCGCCGACGUUCACAAUCGACGAAUCCAGCACCUCUUCGUCUCGGAGGAAGGGCGUCGUCGGUUUGCGCAAUGCUGCCAACGACUGUUUCAUCAACUCGACGUUGCAGGCCCUGGCCGGCCUCGUCGAGCUGCGCGUCUACCUGAUCCGCGAAACCCACCGCCGCAAUAUCGACGAUGAGGGUGUUUACGCCCAAUUGGUCCAGCCGCCUGGCAAGACCUACCCGGACUGGAAGAUUGAGGGUAUGCAGCGCGGCUUGGUUACACAGGGGCUGAAAGACAUGCUUGACUCGCUGAACGAGCGGCCAAUCUACAAGAAGUCAAUAUCCGCCAUUGAGUUCGUGCGGGUGCUGGAGACCGCCUUCCGACAGCGCAUCAGCCGACAGCAGCAGGACGCUCAGGAGUUUCUGCAAAUCGUGGCCGAGAGACUCAAGGAGGAGUACCACGCAGGCGAAAGGGCCCGCGCACAUGCGAGAUUGGCGGCCUCGCGAGCCACGUCACAGGGCGCCGCCGUCAAUGGCGACGCAGUGCAGCAAAAGCUCGAGAAUCUCGACCUAGCCAACGGUCACGAGUCGUCUUCCGCGUUGCCGACGCCCACGAUACCCCAGAUUCAAACCAACGGCAUCCAUCCACCCCUCGACGAAGACGAAGGCUUUCCCAUGGAAGGCAAAUACGAGUCGCAGUCAGAGUGCCAGACGUGUGGUCACAAAACCAAGCCGAGGGAAGAGUCCUUCUACAUGCUGACAUUGAACGUGCCUCAAGUCAGCUCCACCACGCUUAGCUCGUGCUUCGACGAGAUCUUCAAGACGGAGAUGAUUGAUGACUUCAAGUGCGAGAGGUGCCGGUUGAUCCAGGCGGAAGAGUCCCUCAAGAGGGACAUGGCCAACGCCCGGAAUGAGAGCGAGAAGACGGCACUGGAAGAAGCGGUGCGUAAAUUGCGCCAUGCAAUUGACUUUGACCCGGAACACGUCCCCGAGGAUGUGCUCCUUCCCAAUAUUAGCGAGGCGCCCAAGCGCAAAAUCGCACGGUCGACGCGCCUCACCUCCUUUCCGCGCAUCCUGGCUGUUCAUCUUUCGCGUUCCAUCUACGACCAGACAUCGACCAAGAACUCGGCCAAGGUCGCCUUCCCCGAGCGCCUGCCCCUGGGCGGCCUCCGCGACCGCCGCAACUAUAAGCUGCUGGGCCUGGUUACGCACAAGGGAAGCCACCACAGCGGCCAUUACGAAUCGUUCCGGCGCCAAAACACGUACGCCCCUUACUCGAACCAGAAUACGUUCCAGCCCUCGGGCAUCUACAGCAAGACAGCCAGCCCCGCCGCAACACCGCAGCCGUCAACACCGCAGCUUGACGCCAUCGCACGCGGGGUGAGCCCUGCGGUGUCGACACCCGAUCUCCUAACCCCGAGCUCCGAAACGGACUCGUCUACCCCGUCCAUCUCCUCGUUCGACGCAUCGUCAAGGGACCACAUGAGGAAGCGCGUCAGCCCGACCUCUGCCCCGCGCGACAAGCACAGAGAGCCCGACUCGGCGAGCAUCCGAUCCGUGCGCUCGCUCACUGCCUCGGCGAAGAGCACCGUGUCCAAGUUCUCGCACAGGGUCAACGGCAACAGCACGCCCGGAAGUAGCCCGCCGCGCUCGACGCCGAUGGCCGUAGCACCGCGGCCGCCGGUGCACAAGUCGCGCAAGAAGCAGCCCGCCGACCGCUGGUGGCGCAUCAGCGACGAAAAGGUCCGCGAGGCCAAGACGAGCGAGGUGCUCGACCUGCGCCGCGAGGUCUACCUGCUAUUCUACGAGCUCGAGAGGGAAGGCAGCCCGUAG